AAGAAAAAGAAAAAGGGAAAGGGAAAGAGAAAGAAAAAUGCAAAUUUCCACUUAUAGGGCCGGACUGAGUCGCCGUUAGCUGUUCAUCGCUUGAAGUCUCCAUCCCAAUAGAAUCGCCACCCAAAUAUCUCUAUUUCUUCACUUCCUUUAUUCUCACUAAUCACCAUCCUUCAGAAUCUCCUCAAAAUUUCCUAUAAUGCUUUGUUCUCCCGUCACAAACCAGGAAAAGAAUUUGAUUCCAUUUCCAACCCACUUUGGGAGGAAUGUAGUUUUUUAAAUUUGUCUGUUGUAUCUCGUCUGUUUUGAGGUUGCUGCUAAUUCCUCAUGGAUGCUAAUGUACGAGCUCGUUUCACACUCGGCAAACAGUCCUCCCUCAACCCAGAACGUGAAGAUUCGCAUGUGGUUACGGACGAGCUUGAUGAUUCGAUCGCGAUUGAUCCUGGGAUUAAGCUUAUGUACUUGGCCAAUGAUGGUGACUUGGAUGGGAUUAAGGAGCUACUGGACUCCGCUGCGGAUGUAAAUUUUCACGACACUGAUGGCCGAACCUCUUUGCAUGUUGCUGCUUGUCAGGGCCGCCCGGAUGUCGUUGAAUUGCUACUUGAAAGGGGUGCGGAGGUUGAUGUUCAGGACCAAUGGGGUAGUACGCCUCUUGCAGAUGCCAUAUAUUACAAGAAUCAUGAUGUGAUCAAUCUCUUAGAGAAGCAUGGUGCAAAGCUGCCGAUGGCACCAAUGCUUGUGCAAAAUGCUCGUGAAGUUCCGGAAUAUGAAAUCAAUCCAAAUGAGCUUGAUUUUUCUAAUAGUGUGAACAUUACAAAAGGAACUUUCCGCAGUGCUUCAUGGCGUGGAAUUCAAGUUGCUGUGAAGACACUAGGCGAGGAACUUUUCACCGAUGAAGAUAAAGUGAAGGCAUUUAGGGACGAACUUGGUUUACUUCAGAAGAUACGCCAUCCUAAUGUUGUCCAAUUUCUGGGAGCUGUUACACAAAGUAGUCCAAUGAUGAUCGUCACAGAGUAUUUGCCCCAGGGUGAUCUUCAUGCAUUCUUGAAACGUAAAGGUUUCUUGAAGCUAGCAACAGUCGUAAAGUUUGCUCUUGACAUUGCAAGGGGGAUGAAUUAUUUGCAUGAGCAUAAACCUGAAGCAAUAAUCCAUCGUGAUCUUGAACCUUCAAACAUACUGCGGGAUGAUUCUGGGCACCUGAAAGUUGCAGACUUUGGAGUUAGCAAACUUCUAAAAUUUUCAAAUAGAGUUAAAGAAGACAGACCUGUGGCUGUGACAUGUCUUGAAACUUCAUGGCGAUAUGCUGCGCCUGAGGUUUAUAAAAAUGAAGAAUAUGAUACAAAAGUGGAUGUAUUUUCAUUUUCUUUGAUCUUGCAAGAGAUGAUCGAAGGCAAUCCACCUUUUCCAACAAUGCCAGAAAAUGAAGUACCCAAAGCUUAUAUAGCCAACGAGCGCCCACUAUUUAUGGCUCCACCAAAUCGUUAUGCAUUUGGAAUACAAGAGCUAAUUCAGGAAUGUUGGGAUGAGAAGCCGCAAAAAAGACCCACAUUUCGGCAAAUAAUAAGAAGGUUAGAGGAUAUUAACACUCGACUCAUGCAAACAAGAAGCUUGAAGGUGAAUCCAUUUUGCAGUUGUUUUCAGAAUCUGAAAGCCUUAUUUACAAGCGAAAGAACUAAUCCAGGCAGCAGAUCUUCUUACUCGGAAAGCAAAUGAGUUAGUAUUCUUAGAGAUUCUCAGCCUUUUUCUCCCCUCUCAUCCACACACGUUAUGUUGUAUUUAACUAAAACAUAAUGUUUGAGGUAUUUUUGUGCAUAUCUUUCGCUUAUUUUGCCUUUGAUAUUUUUCUCAAACAAUUUUGGCUUGUCCUAUUUUUCUUGGUUGGAUGAGAGAGUUGUAAGCUAAGCUAUGCCUUGACUGGUAUCGUUCCCAUUUGUUUCAAUUGGACCAUUCUUGUAGGUUGAAUAUUGCCAUUACUUUUUUCAGUUGAACCUCUUUUUCUUUUUUC